CCCCAUUGUCAAGUAGUCGUGAGCAGGAAGGGUGAAACGAAACCAGAGACCGAGCUAGGGGGCCGGAGCUGGUAUUGAAAAGCACGACGCAGCCGCUCAAUAACGGAACCGCGGUAACGUUCAUUCUCAGGACAGAGCGCGUCUGGAGAAGAAGGGAAUAUAAAUAAGAACUGAAGAGGAAGGGGAGACUCAGUCAAGCAACCUUUGCUGAUUUGAAUUCUUCUAGGGUUUGAAGACAUAUACACAGUCGCAAUGGAAUAAAAAAUUGCACUUAUGAAAGACGAAGGCUACACCGAAUUUCACCGCGGUUUCUCAAUUGCCCGAGGAAAUUUACAGAAUAGCCUCCAUCAUUGAAAAUGCGUCACAUGUCAGGAUGAUCUUCGUUGGACAUAGACUGCUGAUGGAAAUUAUGUCAUAUAAAAUGAAGGCAAAUUCCGCGCGCAACUGACGUCUAGGGCGACAUUAUAUCAGAGCAGGUGCAGUGUGUGUCCCUUCGACAUUUACCGUUAUACGCGUGUUCUGAAGAUUUAACUGUGAACGUGGUGUGGGCCUGCCAGGCUGAUCACAGAGAAGAGAAGCGGGAACAUCUUGAUUGAUAUCAACCUGAGAAAUAAAACAUACCGGGAAAAUGUCAUCUGCAAUUGAAAGGAAGACGAUGGAGGCUAACGAGGAGCCGGUGGACGAGGUGUUACAGAUGGCCCCGUCCCUCCUGAACUGUGGGGGUUGCCAGCAGAGCAUCGGGGACAGGUUCUUCCUGAAAGCCAUAGAGAAGUACUGGCAUGAGGACUGUCUGAGCUGUGACCUGUGUGGCUGCAGACUGGGAGAGGUGGGACGAAGACUCUACUACAAACUGGGACGUAAGCUCUGUCGCAGAGACUACCUCAGGCUGUUUGGACAGGACGGGCUGUGUGCUAGCUGUGAGAAGAGAAUCAGAGCGUUUGAGAUGACCAUGCGUGUGAGGGACAAGGUCUACCACCUGGAGUGUUUUAAAUGCGCGGCCUGCCAGAAACACUUCUGUGUCGGGGACCGUUACUUGCUCAUCAACUCAGACAUUGUGUGUGAGCAGGACAUCUUUGAGUGGACCAAACUCAACAACAACAUGGUUUAGCAGAUUCAUGAACACUCUAGAACAUUCUACAACACUUUAGAACACCUCAAAAACAUGGUGUAGAACACUCUAGAACAUUCUACAACACUCCAGAGAACCUCAAAAACAUGGUGUAGAACACACUAGAACAUUCUACAACACUCCAGAGAACCUCAAAAACAUGGUGUAGAACACACUAGAACAUUCUACAACACUCCAGAGCACCUCAAAAACAUGGUGUAGAAAACUCUAGAACAUUGUUGGUUUUGUUGGUUUUGAUUGUGAUCGUGAUCUCUCCAUUUGGGAUCAACAGCAUGAUAAAAUAUCUCCAGAUGUACAGCAAGAUAAUAGAUCUCAAACUUUCGGACAAAGGUCGCCACAUACAGGCUCUCUUGUACCUCUCAAGUCUGUUAGAUGUUUGAAGAGAGUUGUUUCACCAUUGAUCUGUACUGGAGGCUAAAUGACGGAUCGAUCCGCCAGCGAAUGGAGAACUGUUUCAUUAUCUUGGGUUCCACCCUUUCAAUGCAAAAAAAAAGGAAAAUGUAAUAAUGCAAUAAUCUAUGUGCUCAUUGCAGAAAUCUCAAUAUUUCUUGCAUCAUACAGUGUAAUAGAGAUUUGCUCAUUGAGCUAAAUGAUGAGCGAUGUCACUGGACUUUGUUGUAGUCCAACACUGUUAUUUCACCUCUAGAGAAAUAUGUAUCAUGACAUUUGUUAUGAAUAUAUAUAAAGUGUUAUGUCCAAAAAGGUCUGGUCCAUUCCGAAGUAAUACAUUCAUAAAGUAAAGGUCUGGUCCAUUCCGAAGUAAAACAUUCAUAAAGUAAAAGUCUGGUCCAUUCCGAAGUAAAACAUUCAUAAAGUAAAGGUCUGGUCCAUUCCGAAGUAAUACAUUCAUAAAGUAAAGGUCUGGUCCAUUCCGAAGUAAAACAUUCAUAAAGUAAAAGUCUGGUCCAUUCCGAAGUAAUACAUUCAUAAAGUAAAGGUCUGGUCCAUUCCGAAGUAAAACAUUCAUAAAGUAAAGGUCUGGUCCAUUCCGAAGUAAAACAUUCAUAAAGUAAAGGUCUGGUCCAUUCCGAAGUAAUACAUUCAUAAAGUAAAAGUCUGGUCCAUUCCGAAGUAAAACAUUCAUAAAGUAAAGGUCUGGUCCAUUCCGAAGUAAAACAUUCAUAAAGUAAAGGUCUGGUCCAUUCCGAAGUAAAACAUUCAUAAAGUAAAGGUCUGGUCCAUUCCGAAGUAAAACAUUCAUAAAGUAAAGGUCUGGUCCAUUCCGAAGUAAUACAUUCGUAAAGUAAAGGUCUGGUCCAUUCCGAAGUAAUACAUCCGUAAAGUAAAGGUCUGGUCCAUUCCGAAGUAAAACAUUCAUAAAGUAAAGGUCUGGUCCAUUCCGAAGUAAUACAUUCAUAAAGUAAAGGUCUGGUCCAUUCCGAAGUAAUACAUUCGUAAAGUAAAGGUCUGGUCCAUUCCGAAGUAAAACAUUCAUAAAGUAAAGGUCUGGUCCAUUCCGAAGUAAAACAUUCAUAAAGUAAAGGUCUGGUCCAUUCCGAAGUAAAACAUUCAUAAAGUAAAGGUCUGGUCCAUUCCGAAG